AUGAAGCUGCUAAUUUUCGACUUAUUUCAGUACAACGCUCAGCACUACAAAAAUGUCUUCCUGAAUGAUGCUGAUGUGAGAGCUGUUGAGCAAAGCGAGACCGAACCGUCACUUUUGAACCUCGUCCAGAACUGGUUGGAGAGAACUCCUGGUUUAGUGCUGGCGACGAUUGACGGUGAGAAAGAGGAGGGCUUCUGGCCGAAGUAUGAGCAAGCCGUGAAGCGAUAUCUAUCUGACCUAUACGACGAAGCUAUGAACGAAUCCCUUCCACAAAACGUCCACGACCAACUAUUAGCAGAGUAUCAUAAGACGAAGGAUUCUUUUGCUACGAUUUUGGAUCCAAAGCAACACGCACAACAAAUUCUCAAUGGUACACGUCUGCUUUCGCAUGAUGCCAUGAAAGGAGCGUUGAUGAUUUAUUUCUAUCGAGAUAUGCCACGGUUUUCGCAGCCCUAUCAAAUCCUCACCUACCUCAUGGACAUUGACAGUCUGUUCACAAAAUGGCGAUAUAACCACGUGAUUCUGGUGCAGCGAAUGCUGGGAAGCAAGCAAGGAACCGGUGGCAGUUCAGGGUACAUGUAUUUACGGAGUACUGUUAGUGACAAGUACAAAGUGUUCCUGGAUUUGUUCAAUCUAUCAACAUGGCUCAUCCCCCGUGAAUAUAUCCCAACUCUGACGCCACGAAUGGUGAAAACGCUUUCGGAGCACUCAAAUCUCAGCGCUUCUAUGAUAUCGUCCGAGAGCGAAUGA